UUUAGCUAUAUAGAUCACUUCUUGGUGCAAGGAAACUACAGGGAUGUUCUGAGGUGGUAAGAAUAGAAAGAGAAAGGAACAUGGAUUAGGUAAAAUGACAUGGAUAAUGUCAAAUGCACACUGCUAAAGACAUAUAAAUGCCCAGUGCCAGCAGGAUAUAACCUGAGUGAUUCCUUUGUGGCCAAAGAGGUAAUCGUGACAGAGGAGCUGAAAGACUUGCGUGUGGCAAAGAGUGGCCAGUGGCUUGUCCCACCAUGAUAAUAUCAGCACAGAUUCAGAGCAUGACUAUGACUGGAAUAAAGCUCGUCAUUUUAAUGUUCUUGUGGAUACAACUGAUUGAAUGUGAUCACAUCCAAGCCCCAGAAGAGCUUCAAAUUAAGGUCCCAAACCUUGGAAGAGUCAUUCUGUCUUGGAGGCCCAGUUUGAUGGCCAGUGCUUUAAAUCGAUCUAUAAAAUAUGAAGUAAAAAUAAAGACUCCUGAUACCGAGGAGGACUGGUUCUUUACACACCAUACAAAUGCAACACGCCUGCUUGCUGUGCACAGAGGCCUCUAUGCAGAUGUGAGAGCGAUACUCAUGGAAGAUAAACAGAAUGUGUCCCGAAGUGAGUGGGUUCGUCAGGAGCUUCCUCCAUUCCCAGGAGCCAAGGGGACAGCAGUCACAAAUCUAACCUGUCACAUUAAGACGGAUGAAUUUUUAAAAACAUCACUUACCUGUAGUUGGACUGCAGGGAUCAAUGCACCAGCGGACACUCAGUAUUACCUUUACUACAGCUACAAGAAGAGAAUUGAGAAGUGUUAUAGUAAUUCACAGGGAGAGAAUUCUGUUGCCUGCCAAUUUCCUUUGGAGCAAUUAAUCUCAAGUCUGCCUGGCAAAUUCCUUGUGCACAUCAAUGGGUCCAGCAAGAGCCUCCAAAUCCAAGGCUUCCAACACAUGUACAUCGCCGAACACAUGGAGACAAUCAAUCCUCCUCGUAAUAUGUCUUUGUCUGAGGGGGGUGACACCAAGAACCUCAGUUGGGACAAACCAUAUUCUUUGUUCCCAGGUUACUUUGAAUAUGAGGUUAUGAUUUGGAACCUGGAGACUGGCAGUAACAAGACACAGAUCGUUAAAGUACCAAUGUUACAAAAUGGGAAACUGCAGCCCCCAUGGACGAACCACAUGAUGAAGGUGAGAGCAAUACGAAAAGGAAUAUUUACUAACAAGGAUCUGUAUAGUAACUGGACAGAGCCUUUUCAUGUAGAAAAUACUGUCGAGGACAAGAUAAAUAUAUAUUUAAUAGCUGGAUUUGCUUGUCUGACUGUAACAGGACUGGUUCUUAUUUAUGUGUGUUCUAGAUUUCAGCUUCUCGGGAAGAUGUUUCCUCCGAUACCAAAACCCAAGGAGGCACUAAAAGAGUUUCUAACCCCACAGAAAGUGGACAUUGUGAGCUUCCACCUUGUGAAUGAACCUGAAGUCAUUUGUUUCAUUGAGGAGAUGAGAGACAUAGAGAAUCCAGACCGGAGGCCCUUGAAUUCUAUCCCAUCAGGAUUCAAACACAAAAUUCCACAGACCUGAUGAUUUAAAGGCUAAGGGGCACUGUGCUGGUUUCAUUAAUGUUCACUUUUUGGUGAUGGAUUUAUUCAUUCUGCAACAGCAAGAGAGGUGCCUUUAUUGCUGCCAAGAGACACUCUCGCUCAUAAAGGAUUAUAUGUAACUUGCAAAUGCAGACGCUUCACAUGGACAGGAUUUCUCUAUUUGCCCUAAAGGACUUAUCUUAGUGCUUGCUGACUAUUGUGAAGGACAGCUUUACCAUGAAGAAUGAUUGUUUCACUUGAUACAACCCUGUGUUCUUCUGGAUUGAGUUGCCCUGCACAGUUAUUAAACUGAAGAGGCUUCCGUACCACCAGAGGCCUUCAUGUUCGUUACGCCAACGCUAGAAGCUCAGGGAUCUUCGCCAUGUUUUCUUCAACUUUUGCCUAGUGUUUAAUUAGAAUAUUCUAUGUUUCUUCUUAUAAUUUCCUAAAAUGUUUAUACAGAAGUAAAGCUGUGCCGCAUGGGUGCAGUCCCAACUGGUUUUACACAAGAAGAACCAAAUUAUCCAUUAUCCAUCAGCUCUCAGUUGGCCAGAUGAUGGGCUUAUUGGUGCUCCAUACACAUUGUUCAGCCCUUACUGUUCAUACAGUUACUCAGUAGACCAGUCUAGAGUGUGUCCAAUCUGGCACAGACUGUGAUCAGAAUAUGAGGACAUUUGGUCUCAUUAGAAGAUCCUUGUUGUAGAGCAGGGGUCCCCAACCUUUUUUACCUGUGAGCUGGGGAGCAACACAAGCAUUAAAAAGUCCCUGGGGGGGGGGGGGGCAAAUAAAGGCUGUUAUUGGCUAUGUGGUAGCCCCUAUGUGGACUGGCAGCAUACAGGAGGCUCUAUUUGGCAGUACACCUUGUUUUAAUGCAACCAAAACUUGCCUCCAAGCCAGGAAUUUAAAAAUAAGCAGCUGUAUUGUGGACAUGGAGAACAAUAUCCAAGGGGUUGGGGAGCAACAUGUUGCUUCUGAGCCACUGGUUGGGGAUCACUGUAUUAGCAUGUUGUUCUACAAUGUAAUUGAGUAUCUGGCAAAAGUAGGAUUUAAGAUUUUAUGCUUACAUAGCAUAUGAUCACUUGACAAAUGACACAUCUGUUCUUUCUGCAGUAUUUUCCAUGUUGUAUUAAAAACGUAUAUAUGUUUUAUUUCUUAA